GGGAAAAGCGGUUGCUGGUCGAGGCCGCCGACGCCGCUGCGAAGGCCGCCCGCCAGAGCCCCGGCGAGGCAGGCCAGGCCACGAUGGCGGCGGCCGCCGCGGCUGCUUCAGACGCCGCGCGUCCGGCAGAGGCGCGCGGGCCGGGGGCCGCAGCAGCGGCUGCCGCGGCUGCCCCUGCCGCCGCGGCUGCUUCAGACGCCGCGCUGCCGGCAGAGGCGCGCGGGCCGGGGGCCGCAGCAGCGCCUGCCGCGGCUGCCCCUGCUCCUUCUGGAGCAUCCGCGGCAGUCGCUGCGGAGGAAGAGGUGGGGGAGCUUCUGGACUCGCGGCCGCAGGCUGCGGACGCGGCGCCCUCGGCCAGGGCCAGCUCCGCGAGCUCUUCGAGCUCUUCGGACUCCUCCGACUCGGACGCUGAGGAGGGGGAGAAGGCGGAAAAGGAGGAGGGGGAGGUGGCUCCUUUCACGCCUCCGACCCCUUCUCUCGAAGCGCAGAAGCCCGCAGCGACAACCGACGCCUCCACGCAGACGGAGGCGGGGCCGCAGCUUGCCAGGGAGGCGGCCUUGGAGGCGGCCUUGCGCACGGCGGUGCGCCAGCUCCAAGGCGUCUACAAGCGUCUGCUGGAGCGGAACGCGCGCGAGGCGGAGGCGCAGGAGCAGGAGAGCCGGUCCCCCGUGGCCUUCUACGUGGAAGAGGACAAGGGGCACGUCAUGGAGAACGAGGCUUUCGGGCUGCACGCGCGCGCCGCAGUUCGCGGGGUCCUCGCAAGCUUCCACGUGCAUUGGGAGGGCGUGUUCAGCCGGCUCAUCGACGCGACGACUCAUGGCGACGUCGGUGCGCUUCCCCACGACGCAGAGACAGCAUCGAAGCUCGUCCGCUUCGAGUUUCGAAUGGGGGACGCGGCGUUGUCGAAGCAUUUGGUGGAGAUGCGCCUGCGGGCGCAUGUGGUUUUGAAGCUGGGCUUGGAGCUGAUCGAUCGGAAGCAUCCGUCGUUUGGGGCGUCGAGCAAUAUUGUAGCCAUGCGACAGAAGUAUGCGGAGCGCGUA